CGCAUACCGGCCUGGCAGCCGGAAGUCUGGCUGACAUCUCCAGGGAGGGAGUGUUGGAGGCGAGGCGCAGUUCCCACCUCUGGAGUGAGCUGGCGACCUCAUUCAUCCUCCCACUCCUUCCGGGGAUGCUGAGCCCCCGCGGGAAACGCAGAAAGAGGCCAUUGCCACUUUAAAUAACUCAGGAAGUGAAAGGCGGCCGCCUGACAGGCAAAGGGAAAGUGGAACCGGGGCGAUACGGGCCGGCAGCGGCGCGGUCUCUCCGCGAGGAGCGGAGACAGAGCUUGCAGCGCGGCGCUGGGGCCGACAGGGGCGCGGGGCCGCCACGCCGGAAGUGCCCGCGCCGCCAGAGGAAGCGCCGCGGGCACCGAGCGGCAGAGCGGUGGAAGGCCCUUUCCCUCCAGGCCGGGAGGGGGCUGCCGGGAGCGGGCGGCAGCGGCUCCGGGCUCCAGGCCUGCUCUCGAACACGGCGCGGCCCACGAGGGUGCCGACUCCCCGGGACGGAACCCGGGUCGGGAGGAGGACUUAAGGGGGCCGCGCGAAGGCAAAGCGGCCAGCUCGGAAGACUGAGGCCUUGGCCGCUUCCCAGCGCUUCACAUGGCCUCCGGAGUGGGCGAGGCCUUCGAGGAGCUGCCGCACGACGGCACGUGUGACGAGUGCGAACCCGACGAGGCUCCGGGAGCCGAGGAAGUGUGCCGAGAAUGCGGCUUCUGCUACUGCCGCGGCCACGCAGAGGCGCACUGGCAGAAAUUCCCCAGUCACCACUUGGCCGGCUACGUCCAUGGCGCAGCCCCGCCCUGGACCUCGGGGGCCCAGGGGAACGGGGAGGGUCCGGAAGACGUGGAGGCCAAGGCGGAGGAGGAGAGGGAUAUAGAAAGCGAGUUGAGGGAAGACAGCGAGUCCGAGGAAGACAGUGAGUCGGAAGAAGAGAGUGAGACUGAGGAAGAGAGUGAGGAUGACAGCGAUGAAGAGAGUGAAGAAGACAGUGAGGAAGAAAUGGAGAAUGAGCAAGAGAGUGAAGCAGACGAAGACAACCAGGAAGGAGAAUCUGAGGCUGAGGUAGAAACUGAGGCAGAAAGCGAAUUUGACCCAGAAAUAGAAAUGGAAGCAGAGAGAGUGGCCAAGAGGAAGUGUCUGGACCAUGGGCUGGAUUUGAGCACGUAUUGCCAGGAAGAUAAGCAGCUCAUCUGUGUCCUGUGCCCAGUCACUGGGGCUCACCAGGGCCACCAACUCUCUACCCUAGAUGAAGCCUUUGAGGAACUAAGAAGCAAAGACUCAGGUGGACUGAAGGCAGCUAUGAUAGAGUUGGUGGAAAGGUUAAAGUUCAAGAGCUCAGACCCUAAAGUAACCCGGGACCAGAUGAAGGAAUUUAUACAGCAGGAAUUUAAGAAAGUUCAGAAAGUGAUUGCUGUUGAGGAACAGAAGGCCCUUCAUCUAGUGGACAUCCAGGAAGCAAUGGCCACGGCUCAUGUGACUGAGAUACUGGCAGAUAUCCAAUCCCACAUGGAUAGGUUGAUGACUCAGAUGGCCCAAGCCAAGGAACAACUUGAUACCUCUAAUGAAUCAGCUGAGCCAAAGGCAGAGGAUGUCGAGGAAGGACCUAGUGGUGCCAGUGAAGAAGAGGACACAUGAAGGCUUACCACCCACUGGAAAAUCAUCUUCCCCUUGUGUGUAUGUGACUGUGUAUGUAAUGGCUUCUGAUUUCUGUGAAAGCCACCCAGCAACAAACGUGCUUCUACCAGAUACGUCCCCAAAUCCACUGCAGGCACAUACCUUUCCAAAGGAUGACCAGUUUUAUUGUUUCCUGACUAUGUGCUUCUCAUUCUCCUGUCAUGGUAUUUCAAGGAAAGUGCCCCUUUCAUCAGCCAGGAGGAAUUAAGAGGGGUCCUUCAGGUGCUCCCUCUGUGGCUGCUUUGAACUUAGGAAAGCCAGCCCCUAAACAUUACCACUUCAUUAGGAAGGAUCUGGAAUAAUCUUGAAGAGCAGUCACAGUUUUUUUCCCUACCUGCUAAGAAAACCCCACUUUAUACAUAUUGAAGCAUGAAGUAAAUGAAGGCAAAGUAGGGCCGAAUCAACCCAUGUAGAUAGUCUUUAAAAGUCCAAUUAUACAUUUGUGAAAAUGUGGUUUUGUGAAGUAAGAUGAAUGGUUUGAAAAUGGGGUUGGAGAGAGAGUUAAAAGAAAUAUAUAGAGAUAUUUUUAGUACAUGAGGUUAUCCAGGCCUUCCGAUUCAUAAUUCAGUGCUGUGGAAAUGAAAAAAGUGAUUGAAGAGGUAAAAAGGAAAUGACUUUAAAAAAAAAAAAAAAAAAGGACCAAAGAGAUCUGAUUAAAAGUUGAAAUCAGUAUUUUUGAACUCAAAUUGUCUGCGUUUCCAAAAUAGUCACUAAAGAAUCUGAUGGAACUUGAAUUAUGUGGGUGAAUUCUGCAGGUUUUGUGGGUCUUGUCACAACAUGAAAGGCUGGAAUGUAUAUUUCCAAAUGGGAAUUUUCAGUGUCGGCUUUUGCUACCCCCUGCCUCCAGUUAGCCUGAUUUGGUUUAAAUGCAGUGUUGGGAGAACUCUUGUCAUGCUGUGGUAGGAGGAACCAAGCUCCGUCUCCUAGUAGGUAUACCCUCCUACUCCUGCUGGGACCCCUCUUCCCAUGGCACUCCCCACCCACAGACCUUCAGAUCAUCUCCCACACCCUGCUUCUCUCCUUGCAAGUAGAGAGACAUGCCAUGGUUGGACUUCUGGCUUCUCCAUUCCCAAAUCAAAUUUUCUUACAGCCAGGUUUUUUACUCCCAAGUAAGCAGUGAUGUACCAGGGGAAUACAAAAACUUGAAGCUAAAAAACCUGCAUCUUCCCAAUGAUUGUGCAUUGAGUCCCCUAUACAGAAUUUUAUUGUUGUUAACAACCAUUUGAUCAAUAAAUAUGAGAGAUGCCCUCUCAAAAAAAAAAAAAGUCUUUGCCAUAGGACCUUACUCUCAUGGUUACAUUCUGGACCUCACCAUCCAUCCAACAAGCGUGCUUUCAGGACCUGCUGUGUGCCAAGCACUUCUGAGAACACAGCAAUGAUCCAGAUGGAACUCCCUGCUCUCAUGGAACUUUCUUUCAUGAAGGGCUACUCAAACCACAACGUUCUCACGUAUACCUGCUUGUUGUCCUCUGAUAUCUCUGCAUAGUUAAUAAAGUCUUCAUUUUCUCCCCAAAAAAAACCCCUGCAUCUUCUUAAACAUCAGUUUUAACAAGUGGUUUGGAAGCUGGGGAUAACUUUAUAUUUUAGAUAAAACAAUUAUACUAUGAAAUAGAAUGUUCAUAUACAUAAAUAGUUAAGAUAAAACUUCACAGAGAAUUCUUACUUGCAAGUGGGGUAUGUGUUCCCUCUCCGCUGCCUUUAGUGGUAUUGUGUUCACUUUUGCGAAGUACAAUUGAAACUAUAAUAUCCAGGCAACCUUGGGAUGCCGCUCACUCAGGGCCUAGGCUUCUAGUGUCUCUGAGGCAGAACGCAAGGAGCCCGCACUGGGAGAAAGCCCUCUCCUCCUGCCUGCCUGUGUACCUACCACAAAAUGUUUGGGCCAGUUGAUUUGUGUGUAUGCAGGAUGGUUUUGAGGCAGAAACAAUACUUACUAUAGGAAUCUGUUUAUAUCAUUGUUCAAUCCUGUGCAUGCUAUGAAGUUAUUAUUUCUUUGAAGCCAGGACAUACAUACUUCUGGCUUAGGAUUACCAUAGCUCACUAAAUACAUCAGGAUGUUGGAGCUAAGAGUAGUUUGGGCUGCUAAAAAUAUGUAUUUUUUUUCUUUCAAACUGGUGGCCAACAAAUGGCUAAGACAAUUUCAAUGCUUAACCUAUCUGCCCAUAAAGAUGGAGGAAUUUGGCAUACCACUAAAUAUAACCCCAAACUAUAUCCAACAAGACUACUUUUAAAUAAGGACCAAUGGCCACUCUUUACAAGAGUUUAAAAAUUAGAAGAUUAAGAAGACUUUAGGAUUUGAAAGUUUGUAUUGUCUUCCCCCAGUAAUUAUUGUUUCAUCUCCAAACAGUAGUCUUUUCUUAGCAAUGGACAGAUUCACUGGCUCCUCCAUACCUGAUCCUGUGUUAUUACUUUAUAUCAGUAUUUGGGAAACCCAAGCAUUUAUGCAGUGGAUCUGAACAGAAAUAUGGAAAUUCCUGCCAGUCUCUCAAUACACUACCAUAACUCUGUAAUCCUCAAGGGAAGCUCUUUUGCUUUUACUUAGGAUUUCAGAUUUGCCGUAUGGACUCCUGCUAUAUUCAGCACCUGAUAAAAUUUUAACCAGGGAAGCAUUAAACACAACGCAGCAGAUUCUGCCUGGGCCCUGAAUUCCUGCCAGCAGCAUUUAUCAAUGUAAGAACUAGGAUGCUUGCUGCAGUGGCACCGGCUUCCUCCAAAGCUGGAGCUGCUUGGCCUUAAGCCCCAGCAUGUCGAGGCUUCCCUCCUCCCAGGUCAGCACAAGCUAGUGUGUUCAGAAUUGUGUCCUGACUGGCUGCAGAGUAUGUAGAAAUCCCAAGGAAGAAGUCAUUAAGGAGGCAGGUAAUGGAUGUCUACAGAAUGAAUUGGGUUCUCAUAGCAAUACCUCUCAAGUGUUGGCUAUCUGGAAAUUGAGAGGGGUUUUUACUUUGGUUUGAUGUCAUUAAAUCCAAGGCAAUUGCAAGAAGUGCUUGGAGUUUCAGCCCUGACAUCCCAGGAGGGGAAAUGACCUAUAUUGAGGACCAACUAUGAGCCACUCCCUGUACUAGGCCCUCAUUUCUCAGAUGAUAAAACAUAUUUGGAAUAGAAGAGUCACUUGCCUACAGUUAAACAGUUCGGAAAUACUGGAGCCAGAUUUUGAACCCAGCUGUCCCUAACUUUAUAGCCCAUGGUACACCUAAAAUACCGAGGGAGAAGGAGAAAGACAUUUUCAGGUUCCUCUACUGCAGGCAGGUUAUCCCACUUUAUGAAUUCUUUUUCAAAAUUACAUUUUGUGGCUGUAGUUCGGGCUAAGAAAUGGUGUCAAGUUAGUCUUAUUCUUCAGACUUAAUGCAGAUGCAUUAAGUACACAUUGCUGACUUGAGCCUGCCCCCAGGAUUUGAGGGAGUCUUUCCUUUUUGGUGCCAUCCCCCGCAAAGUGUUUCUAGGCCUUUAAGAAUAUUGAACUUCUCAGAAAUAGUAAAAGUGAAGAGUGUUCUGCUCUCUAACUUUGUUUGAAAAUGCUGCUGCACUGCUGCAGAAAAGGAAAUCUUCAUGUUUGUGUAAAUCCAGGUGCUUUGAGGCUGUGGUAAUACAGAGUCCAGUGAGUCUAGACUUUCCUGCUGAUACCUGAUACACACACACACACACACAAACAAACAAACAAUUUAAGAACUAAGGGAAACUCAAAGCAACCCCCUCGUUAUCUUUCAUCCCACUGCAAAAACUGCAAAGGUUCCUGCCAGCCAUGAUUACAAGUGUCAGCAGAUAAUUGGAGCUUAGUGAUUGCUUGCAAGAUGUUUAUAAGAAGGGCAGCUCCUUAGCAAAGGUUGUCGGCUCCUAAAGCAUUGAGCCAAGGUGACAACCCUGAAAGAAACAGCACUCCAGCGCUACUCCACGAUGUCUAAUGAUAGGGAAAACUGGGAUACCCAGCCAUCUUGGUGACCUGAAAGUCUGACCCCUCGAGGCAGGCACGAGGGUACAGCUGUGAAAUUCACAGCUUGUAGCAGUGGCAGGGUGGGCCUAGGAAGUCCUCUUGUCAACCUCACAAAUAUUCUUUUGCCAAUACCUGAAAGUUCACAUUCACAUAAUAGCUGUUUGAUUUUGAUACAUACUAUUUCAUAAGAAAAUCAGUUGCAUGUGUACUGUGUGCCUAGUACAUCUGAAAUUUUCUGUUUAAAAUUCAAAUCUCAUUAUGAACAGAUGGAGUCCAGCCUGAAGAAAAAAAGAAGGCCCAUAGGGAAGACCUCAGGUCUCAUUAAUAUUGCUUUUACCCAGCAGUGUUUCUGAAGCCCCCCACCCAACCAAUUCCAAGAGCCAUAGGCCCAGGCAGCUGCUGUCCCAUGGGGGCCUCCUGGUAAAACAGUGGCAUUUGGAGCAGAGGACACACCAGAGGCAGAACAAGUGCCAGAGUAGGAAAAUGAAAAUAAAUGGAGACACUUAUGGGUAUACUGGUGCAAAAAAUGCUGCAGAGCCCGUCUGGGCUUGAUAUAACCUUGAGGGGACAGUGGAUUUGUACUUAACUAGAGUUCAACCUGACCAUUCUUUCUAUAGUGACAGACCACAGUGCAUGGAUGGGGAGAACCAGUGAAUCCAUUGUCCUCUUGCCUAUUUUCCUGUGCACAGAUACAUUCCCUCCUUAGUCAUCUUCCCCCUUCACCCUGUACGUUAAACAAGGGAGCCCUCAAUCUUUCAAGGGAAUUAUACAUUUGGAGUUAAUGCUUCAGUAUAUCAUUUUCAAACUGUAAAUUAUUUUGUAAGAGAGAUUUAUUGCUAUCCCAGGAUGUUUGGACUCAGUGCCCCUGUGCAUUUGGAAAUCAAUAAACUAAUACUGGAAGUA